AAACAGAAUAUUUGAACUCUUUAAACCGUUUUGAGCGCGUGGAUGAAAAAACAAGAGAAGUGUCCUCGCUAUCUUGCACACGGGCUAAAGAGGGGCGCUAACAUGAGUUCCUUGCCGGAGACCACGCGCUCCCUCAUGGAGGUGUUUGAUGGGAAACUGCAGGAUUUUACCAAUGAAAUACACAAUGUCCAUAUGGUGUGGCUGGAGGAGAUCCAGCAGGAAGCUUAUCGGAUGUUUUCCAGUGAUUUCAGCACCGAGCCAGAACUAAUGCCAAAGACUCCGUCACAGAAAAAGACGAACCGCAGGAAGCGAGUGUCAGUGGAGCUCAAUGAGUCUCGCAGUAAAAGACGUUUCUCCAAGGGCAGACGUAGCAACCUGCGUCGCUCGUCGGUCCAGAUGACCCUGAACACAAUCUCUGAACUCAUUACUCCUCACGUGCCGACCGACAGCUCUGAGAGUCUGAUUGAGGAACCUGCUCGCCGGACGCGCCGCAACAAAACCACUGCCCCGGCUGAAACCAAACCGGUCAAGCGCAGCACUCGUAAGAAAGAUGGUGCCAAAGCUAAGGUGGAAGAAGUGGCAGAGAGCGUUCCAGACGUCCGUGAAGCUGUUGAGGUGCAGGACCAGAUCCUGGCGUCUGAAGCCGUGGUGAAGAUUCCCUCCUCGGAGCAUCUGAGUGCAGAUUCGCUGCUGAAGUCUGUGUCUCCGGGCCGAUCCGCUAAUAAAAUCCCCAUUGCUGGGGAUUCUGGGUUGCAGACGACACCUCAGAGAUCUUCUAGGACAUCCGCUCGGCGCUCGCUGGUGGUCCGCCGUUCUCUGGUGGGCCUCAGGCACAGCAUGACCCAGGAAGCUGUUCGCAGGGCAUCCCGCCGCUCUUUCCUAAAAAAGAAAGCCAGACUGGGAACCUCAACUUGCAGCAGCUCCGUCAGCGAGGACAUCUGUAAUGAUGUUCAAACUGAGGACAUGGAGUACAAAGACCAGGUUGAUGCACCUGAAAUAAUCACUGAGCCAUCUACUGAAACCGAACCUGAACCAGAAAUCGUCCAAAUUGAGCAAACAGAACCCGAGAAGACUGAGGAAAUGGAAACUGAGGUAAAAGACAAGCUUCUAGAAGAGAUUCCUGAAACUCCUAGCACCAGUCAGGACUGUCGCUUCACGCGAUCCAUGACCCGAUCAUCAGGAACAGAUGGAGCAAAAUCCAAAGGAGAUGACCGGCCUACACGUUCAGGUUCAAAGCGCCACGCGGCUCAGGAAAGCCACACACCCAAGAAGAAACUAUCUCCUCCUCAAAAGUGCCUCACGAGUAUCGCUCCACACAUGCGCUCGUUCGUACACACUGUGCAGAAGAACCAGAUGCUGAUGAUGACUCCUGGGUCUCUGGGCCGCAGCAACAUCAUGAAGUCCUUCAUCAAACAAUCAGUCACCAAAACCAACACUAAGUUGGGCUCUGGCUCUGUGGAGCGAGAACGGCAGAAAUUGGAAGCCUUGAACAAGAAAAUGGAACUAGAGAAUGAGCGAAAGAAAAAGAUUGAGGAGGAGAGACGGAAGAAACAGGAAGAAAUGAAAAGGAAACGUGACGAGCGAUUAAAAAGGGUUGUGGAGGCUCGAGUGAAAGGGGAGAAGGAGAAGGAGCAGGAAACGAAAAAGAAGAUUGAAGAAAAGAUGGCUCAGCUGGAGAAGAAAAAUGACUUGCUGAGAGUUGAGCGGUUGGCCGAGGAGAAAGCCAAGAGGAAGGUGGCCACUAAACGACAGGAAGAGCUGGAGCUCCGCAAGAAACAGGAAGAGGCAGCCAGACAAAAGAAACUCCAGCAAGUUGAGGAAGAGGAGCGGCGACACCAGGAAAUGCUGGCCAAGCGCAAGGCUGAAGAGGAGCGAGAGAAGGCCCGUAAACUGGCCGAAGCCACACGAGCUCUGGAGCUGAAAAAGGAACAAGAGCGAGAGAAAGAGAAGGAGCGGGAAAGACAGGCUGCAGCUGAGAGAGAAAGACUAGAGAGAGAGAAGGCUAUCGCUCUUCAGAAGGAACUUGAGAGAGCAGCCAGAGAGAAAGAGAUGAGAGAGAUGGAGGAGAAAAGGAAGAUGGAAGAGCGCCGGAAGGCUGAAGAGGAGAGGGAAACCUCCGUCCCGGCACCCCGUACAGUUACAGCACAGAACUCUGUUCUAAAUACUCCAGUUGGGAAAGGAGCUCAUAAUAAGACCAUAAAUGUCGGACCUGCACUCAACGUGACGGUGGACAUUGAGAACUCUGCUCUAAAUACUCCAGUUGGGAAAGGAGCUCAUAAUAAGACCGUAGAUCUCGGACCUGGACUCAACGUGACGGUGGACAUUGAGCAGCAAUCCCCACAGUCCUACCAGAUCACACCAAAGGGCCAGAAAGUGGCUGUUUUAGUAAAUCCUGAAGACUACGGCAUGGACCAGAACAGUGAUGACUCGACUGAUGAUGAAUCUGCGCCCAGAAAACCCAUCCCAUCCUGGGCUCAGGGUACACAGUUGCAGCAUGCUGUUAUGAACCAGUAUUACAAUCCACUGGAUCUGGAUUCCUAUUUCGGAGAGCCUAAACCCCCUAAACUGGAGGAGAUCUUCACUCGGUCCAAACCUCGCUUCUUUAAGCGAACCAGUUCUGCUGUCUGGCAUUCACCUCCACACUUGUGAAAUCUGGGCAAAUGAGUCCCCUGUAGUUUUGUAAGUGCAUACAGAAGCUGCUACAAAUGGGAUGCUGUUGUAGAAAAUAUGGGGAGGGCAUUUGCUGGAGAGCGAGACGUACUCUGGACUGUUAAUAAAAUGUAUUCUAAUAAAAAUGUUUAGUGUUUUCUAAAUGUUUAUGUAAUGUCUUUUAUUUAGUAGCUUGUUAAUGUGACUGGGAGAAGUCAGAAAUCGCCUGUUAUGAUUUGAGAAAAAAGGUUGAGGUGACAUUAAAAAUCCUAAACUCAAA